AUGAGCCUAAGAAAAGCAACUGGCCACAAAAGCAAGCCCGCGGCGCCUUUCCCUCACGACCCUGACGCCGAUACGGUUGCUUUGGCUCUAGAACCUCUGCCUCUUCUUGCACCCGCAGCCAGUUCCACAAACGACAGCCCUGCCGAUGCUGAGGCCGAUGUUGCGAAUCUUUCGACUCCCUCGUCAUCCGACCAAACCGCCUCUGACCCAUAUAACACCACACAUCACCCUCGAUCCCGCCCUUCCACUCUGCGAAGCCGUCCCUCUGCCCUCUCAUACACUUCGAGCGCCGACGAACAUGGUGACGAUACGACCGGCCCUAUCCUAACAUCUCCUGUCCCGCAACUAGACGACGGCGCCAUGCCCUCGAAACCAUCCCUCUUGCGCUCCGCGCGCAACGACGCCCCCUCUUACGGUGCCGUCUCUCAAGAGCCGAGCCGCAAUGUCUCGCCCACUGGCAUUGACUCGAGGACGGGGAACGCACACCCGCUCCGAUACGUCUCCGACACCUCCAAGUCGACCUCGUCAAGGUUUUCGGCCAGCUCGAAACGGGAGAGCUCGCGCCUCUCCGAGGAGCUCGAUGCCGCCGCUCUGGCCACCGGCUUGGAGGGGCGAUUCGGAGUGACACAGGCUCCCGUGACAACCAACAUGCUCGAGGACGCCAAGUCUGAUGCCGCCGAAGACGAGAUACAAUACGACGACUACACGGGGAGCGAGCCCGACGAGGACCCUGUCGACAACUCGCCUCAUGAAGUCGUCCGCGCAUCGGUACCACCGACUGACAACGUCACCCUGUCUAUCAACACCCCGAGGAUGUGGAUAUUGUCCUUUUUGUUCUCGGUACUCGGUUCUUCCACCAAUUUGUUCUUUUCUUUACGAUACCCCAGCGUUGCUAUUACACCAGUCAUCGCCUUGCUGCUAGUCCACCCGCUUGGCCUUAUGUGGGACUACGCCCUCAAAUAUCCGAGCGACCCCCCGGAAGAGUUCGUAGAUGGCGUUCUUGUCCCCGAAGGCGCCAAUGACCGUUUGCCCCCGAGGCGGUCAUUGAAUCGUCUGCGCAGAUGGCUGGCACAAGGACGGUGGAACGAGAAGGAGCAUACCUGCGUCUACGUGAGCAGCAAUGUGUCGUUCGGCUUUGCUUUCGCGACGGAUGUCAUUGUCGAGCAAUCCAAGUUCUACAACCAGGAGGCCACCAUUCCCUACCAAAUCUUGCUUACCCUGUCGACGCAGAUCCUGGGCUACGCUUUCGCGGGCUUGACUCGUCGGUUCCUGGUACGACCCAGCGGCAUGAUAUGGCCCGGUACUCUGAUGUCGGCCGCCAUGUUCGGUACGCUUCACAAGGAGGAGAACAGGAUCGCCGACGGUUGGAGGAUUUCGAGGUGGAAGUUCUUCUACCUGGUCUGGUUUGGCGGGUUCGCCUUCUACUUCCUUCCCGGCCUUCUGAUGCCCUGUCUCAGCUACUUCAACGUCAUCACCUGGUUUGCGCCCAAGAGCGUUGUCGUCGCCAACCUCUUUGGCGUUGUCUCUGGGCUCGGACUGUUCCCGUUGACGUUCGACUGGGCGCAGAUCACGUACAUCGGCUCGCCCCUACUGGUGCCCUUCUGGGCGGCCAUGAACGUCAUUGGCGGUCUCGUCAUUGUCAUGUGGCUCAUUGCACCCAUCGCCUACUACGCCAACGUUUUCUACUCGUCAUACAUGCCCAUUUUGUCGUCCGCCGUCUUUGACAACAAGGGCGAGGUCUACGACGUGAGCAAGAUCUUGACCCCAGAGUUCCUAUUCGACCGAGAGGCGUACAGCAAGUACAGCCGGGUGUUCCUGCCCAUCACUUACGUACUGAGUUACGGCGUGCAAUUUGCCGCCUUGGCAGCUCUUUUGACGCACACGGCUUGCUGGCAUGGGAAGGAUAUCUUGCAGACGUGGAAGACGGCCGUCGCGGAAGCUCGCAAUGAGGGCCAGGCAGUCUACCAGCCAGUAUCCGGCAGCUCCGAACACAUCUCGCCCCAGCGGUCGCUCAGUGGGAGCAGAGGCAUUUCAAGGUCUUCAUCCAACCUUGAAGGUAUGAUGUUCCGGGAGGACGUGCACUGUCGACUCAUGAAGCGGUACAAGGACGCGCCGCUGUCGUGGUACUUGACGACGUUUGUGACAAUGCUUGCUGUGGGCAUCUUCGUCGUUGAAUACUACCCGAUUCAUCUUCCGUGGUACGGGUUGCUCAUGUCGCUGGGUAUCUGUGCCAUCUUCUUCAUCCCGAACGGCAUCAUCAUGGCGGUCACGAACCAGCACAGCAGCAUUUACUUGAUCUGCCAGCUCAUCUGCGGCGCCGUGUUCCCCGGACGGCCGAUUGCAAACAUGGUGUUUGUGACAUACGGCUAUAUUUCGUCGGCGCAGGGUAUCAAGUUCGCCUCGGAUCUCAAGCUCGGGCACUACAUGAAGAUCCCUCCGCGGAUCAUGUUCUCGGUGCAGAUGGUGGCCACCAUCGUGUCGUCUCUCACGCAGAUCGGGGUACUCAACUGGAUGUUUGCCAACGUCAAGGGCAUCUGCACAUCAGAAGCCGUCAACGGCUUCACAUGCCCGAUCGCGCGGGUACACUUCAACGGUUCGAUUCUGUGGGGUGUGGUUGGACCAGGCGAGUUCUUCGGGCCGAAGGCGACGUAUCGCGGACUCGUGUGGUGCUUUCUCAUCGGCGCCAUCACGCCGAUUCCCCUGUGGCUCUACGCGCGCAAGAAGAGGCACAGCAUCGUCAGGAAGAUCAACCUCCCGGUCGUUUUCGGAUCCAUGGCGUGGAUCCCGCCGGCGACGGGACUCAACUUUUCAGUGUGGGCGGUGGUUUGCUACGUGUUCAACUACCUGGUCAAGAGGAGGAAGAGCGCGUGGUGGGCAAAGUAUACGAUGACGAUGAGCGCAGCAUUAGACUCGAGCCUGGCUUUUGGCAUUGUUGUUGUCUUUUUCGGGUUCGUCUACCCCGGGCACAUGAAGGGCUUCAAGUGGUGGGGAACGGAAGUGUACAAGCAGGGCUGCGACUGGCAGGCGUGUUCAUACAACACGGUGCCUGAAGGAGGGCAUUUUGGGCCCGACUCUUGGUGA